UAUCCUGUGUAAUUUAUUUUUAAUUUUUGUAUAAAAUGUAUAAUAAAUCUGACAGAUGUAAAAGGAAUUUUCUUUAUGUUUUGUGAUAUAGCACAGCCUUUAUAAUAUACAGAGCCUAAAUCGAGGUUAUGGUAUUUAUUUGACUUAAUUAUCCGUGCGCCGGCAGGCUAAUGAAAUUCAAAAUGUGUAUUUCCACUAAGAAAUGCUGUAGCAACGACCAGUUUGAGUGCUCGGUGUCGUGUUUGUCGGAGUUUUAACAGUAAUGUAGCUCUGAGCUAAAAGCUACAGUUUCUCCUCCACUCCUGCCUUUCAAUUGGCGGAGAACGGUCAGCUGACAUUGUCAUAUUGUCUCUCCCGGAGCCAAGGCUCAGCUAUAACACUCGGGUUUGAGCGGCUUACCGGAGAUUGGAAAUUAAUAAUAUUGAAUCCUCAAAGUGGGUUAGUUGCAUUGAGAGUAUCAGAGGGUGGGAGAGGGUUUCAUUGUGAAAGGUGUCGUUUUGGUGAAAUUAGAAGGAGAGCGGAUUUACAGUGAAGGGAUUUCAGAGGAGAACGAUAAAGAAGUGGGGAGAGUUGGAGAGGGUUAAAGACAAGGUAUGAAUUCUUAUUUUGCAAAUCCGUCGAUCUCCUGCCAUUUAUCCGGUGGUCAAGACGUCCUACCAAACGUACCCCUAAAUUCCACCACCUAUGACACUGUCAGACACUUUUCGUCGUACGGGGCUGCUGUGAGCCAAAAUCGGAUAUAUGCACCUUUCUACUCUCCUCAAGACAACGUCGUGUUUGGCUCUGGCCGGGCGCAAUACGAAUAUGGAUCAAAUGUGUUUCUUCAAGACAAAGAUGGGCUACCCAGCUGCAGACAAACAAACAUGGGACUUAGUUCACAGAGCCACAUCUCACAGGAGUACACUUUGGAUCAGGCGAGGGGAGCCCAGGAGCAGAAGAGCAACGUGCCGAUCUACCCGUGGAUGCAGCGAAUGAACUCACACAGCGGUGUAGGCUACGGGUCCGACAGACGCAGAGGACGUCAGAUCUACUCUCGCUACCAAACACUGGAGCUGGAAAAGGAGUUCCACUUCAACCGCUACUUGACGAGGCGCAGACGCAUAGAAAUCGCCAAUGCCCUUUGUUUAACAGAACGCCAGAUCAAAAUCUGGUUUCAGAACCGCCGCAUGAAAUGGAAGAAGGAGAGCAACCUGACGUCCACAGUGACUGGAUCUGAACAGACAGCAGCCACUCAAGAGGAGGAACGCAGUGAUGCGGAGGAGAGGAAGGAAGAGGAGAAGAAAAAGGAAUGAACACGAGCUAAAAUGAAAGGGAGAUAACGAUGGAUACCCAACAACACUACCUAAAAGAUGUAUGGACCAGAGACUUAACUGCAUGAAAACAGCUGUACUGCGCUCUCGUAUUAUCUCAUAUCUACAUUGCGAGCGCUGAAUCAAAUAGAGAAGUCCACAUUCCUGCGGGCGUCAACACAUGGCCCACGGAAUAUCUUAAUAGUGGAGCGUGUAAUUACAUUUCAUUCCAGUUUGUGUUUGUGUGAUAAAAUAAACAUAUUGAUUUCAAAUUGUUCCACAUAUUGAAGAAAAAAGUAUCCUAUUUGUCCCGAACCCAAUCCAUCACUGUAAACCUUAUCACUCCCCCCUCAAACCAGCAGUGUUGGCCUAAGUCAGACUUAAGUGGACAUUUUCCAUUAACAUUCCAUAUGAAGGAUCAGACGCUCACGUAUUUUACAACUCUAAUGUAAUAGCCUAUAGUUGCACGGGAUAAAACACGCAGGAAACGGAGAUGCCUGUGUAUUCAAAGUAGUAUUAUAUUAUGUAAAUCCUGUGAGGACUUAUGUGCAUUUAACCGCUUUGAUAGCCGCUUUAUAACUCUGAGCUUAGUCAUUUUUCCAUUAUUAGACUCGAUAAGCUUUUCUCGUGAGAUAGAUUUGUACAUUAGUAAUCCGUCACUUGUUUUGGGUUACAAAUCCAUGUUUGUCGAAAUUGUGUAUUAUAAGAAAUUAUCAAUAAAAUAUUUGUAAAAACAUU